AUGCGUAUUCAGGCCGAGGUUGCGGGGUCUCGCGUCAGUUCCGCGACAUACGAAGACCCGGGACAAAAUCUGCGUGUAAUACGCGUCGAUCGGAUGACUCUUCUAUCUCGCGCAAAUGCGGCACAGCGUCGCCGCCGCCGCGAGGAGCGUGAGACACGCCGUCUACGAAAGCGCAUGCGAUCGUCAUGGCUGUUUGGUGGCGCCAAGAGAUCGCGGGAAGACACUGUGGAACCACCAUCUCUCUUUGCCAGCAAUAUAGUCGUGAGUGCCAAGUACAAUGCUUGGAAUUUUGUGCCACGCGUGCUGUUGGCACAAGUGCAGCGUCCAUCGAACGUGUAUUUCCUGUUUAUCGCAGUGCUCCAGUCUAUUCGAGAAGUGAGCAACACGAACGGCAUUCCGACGAUUCUUUUACCGUUAGCGGUAGUCUUUGUAUGUAGUGCGAUUAAAGAGGCACUGGAAGAUCGAGAGCGUCAUCGAGCAGACCGUGUGACGAAUAAUCGAUCAGUGCUGACACUUUCACCUUUGGGCAUUUGGGAGAAAAGACAAUGGGGAGAAUUACAUGUAGGAGAUAUUGUUAAGGUGAUGAACGAUGAGAUUAUUCCUGCGGAUUUGUUCUUGCUGUCAGCGGAAGCAGUGGAACACGAUGAUGAGAGCGACAGAAGACGACAGAAACAAACGCCAAAGACAAUCGAACGGAUUGAACGAGACGACACUUCGGGACCUCUUGUAGCUGUAAAUGAUGAAAACGAUGCGCACAAACUGGCGUCACCGAAGGAACAGACAGCAAAGACCAACCUGGCGUACAUUGAAACGAAAUCACUGGACGGUGAAACAAACCUUAAGAUCCGUACGGCUAUCCCGUUGGUGGCUGCGCUUUGCCAAAGAUCGAGCUGUAUGAACUCUACUAUAGAUGGUGGCGGACACAAUGAUUUGCGUGGAAUGAUGAUGUGUGAACAGCCAAACAACCGUAUAACCAGCUUUGAAGGUACUUUUUUGGCCGUAUUGAGCCCAGACCAAGCCCAUGCAUUGGGUGUAGAUGAAAGUGACUCAAACAAUGCAAGCCACUCCUCUCAGCCUAAUGCUGGUCUUUUGCAGGCCGAAACGAGUGAAGAUGGUUUUGUGCGCGUGCGCAUGCCAGUUACAGCAAAACAGAUGAUGCUGCGGAGCUGUGUACUCCGGAAUACAGGCUCGAUCACAGGUAUGGUAGUGUUUACUGGUCACGAGACCAAAGUGUUUUGCAGCAAUACUGAGCCUGUUGUGAAGACCUCUUCGGUGGAAAGGCGACUUAACCAACUCAUUAUCGGUAUUGUGCUUAUCCAGCAGCUCGUGUGUUUUCUAGGCGCGCUGCUUGGCGCCCACUGGAUGCACACGAAGGGAGACUCGUUUUGGUAUCUUUUCACCGCACAUGAGCGGCGACGACAUAAUCUGACUGGCGCUCCUUCUCAUCUUCUGACUGAGCUCGCGAAGUUGCACCUGCGAUACUUCAUUAUCAUGCAAAACUUUGUCCCGAUAUCGCUGAAUGUUUCGCUGGAGUUCGUCAAGUACUGGCAGGCCUACUUUAUUGAGCAGGACUUAGAGAUGUACGAGAAGUCGUCCGAUACACCUGCUACGGUUCGAUCAUCAGCCCUUAAUGAAGAUCUUGGCCGUGUGCAUCAUAUCUUUACAGACAAGACUGGGACCCUUACAAUGAAUCUCAUGCUUUUUCGUUACUGCAUGGUGGGAGGGAAGCAUUACGGCGGUCCCUUGCAAGACAAAGAUAUGGAGGCGGAUGUUUCUAGUAGAACCUCGUCUUUAAAGGGUGGUGCCUCGACGGAUGGCGCAAGGUAUGUUGACUUCGACCCUACGGAACUCUUUGCUGAUAUCCAUACUGGAGGAGAACAGGCGGAAACUCUCCGCCGUUUUCUACGACAUCUAGCGCUGUGUCAUACACUGCUCCCCACAAAAUCUCUCGCAGAAAUGUGUAGCACAUCCUUCCCAGAGUAUUCUGCAUCGUCACCGGACGAACAGGCGUUGGUGUCUGCUGCAGCAUUCUGUAACGUGCGCUUCGUUCACAGAACGCCAAAUACUGUGAUGCUCUUGGAGACGGGGUGUGCAGCACCUAGCACAUACAAGCUUUUGAACGUACUUGAGUUCGAUAGCGACCGAAAGCGCAUGACAACGAUCGUAGAGACUCCAGCUGGAUCGAUUGAACUCAUUUGCAAAGGCGCUGAUAAUGUCAUUUUCGAGCGACUUGCUGCUGACCAAGCAACAUUAUCUGGCGGCAUGACUUACGAGCAAGCUGCGGAUCAACUUACUCUGUAUGCGAAAAAAGGAAUGCGAACACUUUGCUUUGCAUACAAAACCAUUGGCCGCCGUGAGUAUGAUGAUUGGAAUACUCGUUUUACGCAAGCUCAUACUUCCAUGGAAGAAUUAGUGAAGCGGCGUCAAGGUCGUGCAAACACGAUUGAUCCGCUCAUGAAUGAAAUUGAAUGCGAUCUAGUUCUUUUGGGAGUCACAGCUGUCCAAGACAAACUACAGGCUGGUGUGCCUGCGACGCUACGUCUACUUCAAGAGACGAAUAUUAAGAUCUGGACGCUAACAGGCGAUAAAAUGGAGACUGCUGUAAACAUUGGAUACGCCAGUGCGCUUCUUUCUCACGAUAUGGACGUACAACAAAUAGGCGGGGACGACUACACCUCCACAGCUGCGGCUCUAAAAGAAUUAUCUCAGCGCGGUGGACAGGGAGCUUCAUCGCAUCAACUAUCGCCGUUCCUGGCUUCGCUUUAUGACGCUGCCCCAAGAAUUGAUUGGGCUACAGAUAUUCGGCAUCGCACUCGAGGCGGUAGACGACGAACUCAAAACCAAUCGGACAGCUUUUUUGGUAAUGCAAAAGUGGCAAUACAUGGAUUUCUUUUCGGCACACAAACGAAAAGAAGGAGAAUGCGAAAGCAGAGACGUCACCUAGCGCAACGGGCGUCAAGGACUUCGUCAUCAUUUGGUAAGAGCUCAGUGUAUGCACCAGUUGCAACUGAUGCCGAACACGCUGACAAGUAUUCAUCUGACGAUGAGGUACGACACGAUGGUGAGAUUGAGGCUGACAGCAAAGCGAUUUCUACACCCGAGUACGGGUCGCUUGCAGCAAGCUUGCAUGAUUACAAAGAUCGCCACCGAAGUGGACCAACUGCGCGGAAGCUAGCACUUGUAAUUGACGGGCAGGCUCUUGCUUUUGCUGUUCGCCCUCAAUUACGUAGCCUGUUCUAUCAAGUUAUUCAUGAGUGCGCGUCAGCUGUUAUUUGCUGCCGCGUGUCGCCCAAGCAGAAGGCUGAUAUCGUUGAGCUUGUUCGCGAAUUCGAGCCGGAAAGCGUGACACUUGCAAUCGGUGAUGGAGCAAAUGACGUAGCAAUGAUCCAGGCAGCCCAUAUUGGUGUGGGCAUUUCUGGUCAGGAAGGAGCACAAGCCGUGAACGCCUCGGACUAUGCAUUGGCACAAUUUCGCUUCCUACAACGGCUUCUGUUUGUGCAUGGUCGGUGGGCUUAUCGCCGGGUGGCCAAACUCAUGAGCUAUAUGCUGUACAAGAACGUGACCUAUGUGCUCACUACCUUCUGGUUUGGAUGCUUCUGUGGGUUCUCAGGUCAGCCACUUAUCCUGGAUGUAGCUGCACAAAGUUUUAACGUGCUUUACACGAGUGUGCCAUUGAUACUCUUUGCCGUCUUUGACCAAGACGUUUCUUCCUCAAGUGCGUCCAAGUUCCCGUACUUGUAUGCACUCGGCCAAAAGAAUGCUUUGCUGGCGCGUCGCGUGUUUUGGCCUUGGAUAUUCAACGGUGUUUGGCACUCAAUCGUGAUCUUCUUCGUUUCUGCGUGGGCCUUUGAGGGCUUCGGUCUCAACAUCCACGAUUUUCCGGUCAUUGCAACGGAGACAGGAAAAAGUGGUGGUCUUGUCACUUUAGGGUUUGUGGUGUUCACGAAUCUUGUGGUUGUCGUAAACCUAAAGCUCUGCCUUGAGACGUUCAUGCUGACGUGGCAGUUUCUGCUCACAGUAACUAUGUCUGUGCUAUUGUGGUUUGCUGUUGGAUCUUUGAUCUCGCUGUCAAAUAGUGGGUUUCCACGAGCCACUGGUGAAAUGGAAUACCUUCGGGGGUUGCCAACCUUCUGGCUCGUAUGCCUUCUUGUGCUAUCGUUAAGUCUUUUGCGUGACGUUCUGUGGAAAGUCGUGCGACGGUUUUCACUGCCCUCUAUGUACCACAUAUUGCAGGAACGCGAUCUGAUGGGCUUGCCAAAUUCGCCUCGGGGCAUGCUGCGUGAAUACCGUCGGUCUACGUCCAGUUCCGUGUGGUCUGAUACGCCAGCCGUCGAUGUGAACUACACGAAGCUAUUUGGCAACAUGCCACGAGUGGAUAAUCCGGAAGAAACUCUCAUGCGGUCUUCUUCGCUUGGUGAGAGGUUAAUCGCAUCCCCUUUCUCCGAAUUAUCUAGUGGCGGAGAACCUGAUCAUCCAGCAGGUUUUGCAAUCCGAGAGAAGAAGCGCAAUAUUCGCAUUCGUGGGUCUCUUCAUACCACAGACAGCAUUAAUAGCUUUAACGCAGGAGUGGAACCAUCUUUUUCGGAAUCUGCCGGAUCUGUUGCUGCCACAGUCACAGCAAGUGUAGCAGCCGCAGCUCCAGGGGGUUUGUAUCAUGGCUACGCAUUUUCAGAGGAUGAGAAUGUGGACAGUGACGUCGAGGCAGCGUCCUCUGACCAAGCUAAGUCAUUUGGAGCGCACGCAUCGAUUAAGAAAGUUCUCAAGUCAGUCCGUGGCAGAAAGAAUGCAUAA